CUUCACCCAAAAGACCCACUCUGCACGCGAAACCUUUCACCUAUUUCAGCAACUGAUGAAAAUCUUUCUUUUUGUGUGUACACAAUCUCUUGCCGCGAACUUUGUAGAAUUGCUGUUGAACUUUGAGUCACCUUGCAACAAUAAUAUGUGUCUUAUGCAUGGCAUGGAUAAAGCAUGUUUAUUUCCAAUUGUUUACUGCACGUCUUUUAGCCCAGCUUCCAUUAUGAGUGAGGAACGUUUUGCUAUUAAAUUAAUAAAACAGCAAAAGAGAGCACAUUUUAAGACAAUCCUGGAAACGGAUGUGAAUUUUUCAGCAUGUCAUAAUUUUUAUCGGGAUUUUCUUAUUAUGGCUUUCACUGUACUCAGCCUAAAUUAAGCGAUUCUGGCAUUAGUUCAUAAUUUGGCAGAAUUCUAAAAAAGUUACGUGCUGAAAAAAGGACCAAACACCAUGGAAACUUGUCAGACAUUUGCAGGACUACAGUCGCAUGGUAAACGCAAGUUUCUUUCGACACAUAGCAUAUACACUAAUCAGAUGAAAUAACUGGGGCCAUAGAAAUCGUGAAAGUCUAGUGCACAUGGUGUCCAGAAUGUUAUGAGCUCUGUGCUGGACUAAGAAAAGGCCGAAAUGUCUCGGCAACGGGGGCUCCUUCGGUCGGACCUGACCUUCGCUGGCUCACGAACGACAAGGAAAUGCACGCGUUACGGUCACAUCGCUACCAACAAAAUGAACUCUCUCGACCAAUGUUCCUCUUUUCAACCGAUGAGCGGGCGCCCCUGUUCCCUGUGGAUAAUGGUGAUAUUUAAAGCCGUGUCGGAAACGGGCUUUCAGGGCUACGGCUAGGUCUAUUGUCUACGCAUCUCCACGCAUUUCCAAUGGAGCGAAGACCUAGACCUAGCUCUAGACAAGAGAUUCGGAUGCAGCCUAUUAAACCUUGCAACACUUUACAAUAACAGAAUGCCAUAGCGCCAUCUAGUGGGCUAUAAAGACUACAAUGAGGUGAAUAUGAGGUGAUUAUAAUGAACUAUAAUAAAUUAGGUUCAUGAAAUUUCUAAUUUCAUGAACGUAAUUUCUUUCCCCCCCUUUCAUGCUCCUCCUAUGUUCCUUUAAUGUAUUUCACAAUAAUAACACACUGUAUGGCACUGUUACUAGUACAAUUCACAGGAAAUGUUCCUUAAAAUUAAUGUGGUCUCCAGGCGAGGAGAUCCACAGUUCUCGGUGUAGGUAAAUUGCACUUUAUACAGAGAAUGCACGACGUUGCACAUGCUUACAAGCAUGGACACAGGUGAGGAAAAGGUAUCCCCCCAAAAACCCAUUCUGCACGCAAAACUUUUCACCUAUUCAAGUUUGGAACUCAUGCUGUCGUUGAACUUUGUAAUGUGAAGAUGGCUUCAGGCUCAAUGUCAUCUGACGUGUGUGGAGGGUAUAAAUAAACAGUGUGGUUGUGCGCUAUCAUAAUACAGACUCGCACUGCUGAAGUCAAACAUGGCUGGUCAAAAUUCCGCCCAUAGUUUCCUCUCCUUCGCCCAGAGCACGCUCAAUCUCCAAUCUGCAGCCAUCUUCCUGUUGAUCUUCCUCGUGGUCUUAAAGCUAGUCCGACGUCCGAAGAACCUUCCCCCGGGGCCCAGGCAAUGGCCUGUCCUCGGAAACCUCCCGGCAUUGGUUAGGUCAGGGAAACAUCCUCACGAGGUGCUGGCGGAGUGGGCCCGGCGGUACGGCGGCGUCAUGUCGGUUCACUUGGCCCCGGCACGGGGUCCAUCCGUUGUUGUGAGCGACAUUGGCAUCGCCAAGGAGUUGCUGCAGUCGAAACAAAGGGAGCGCCAUAUUGACAGAGCCGCGAAUCCAUUGCUGAAAGAAGUCACAGACAUACGAGGGAGCUUUCUUUGGGGAGCAGGCGAGGCUGCCAAAGAACACAGGCGCUUCGGCCUCAGCGCCCUUCGAAAGUUGGGGGUCGGCAAGAAAAAUCUGGAGCACAGAAUCAACGAAGAGGCUCGAUACCUAGUCGAACGUAUCGAGGCUGAAAAGAAUCGACCCUUUGAUCUGAACCUCCCCAUCCACAACGCUGUGUCAAACACUGUCUGCUCCAUAAGUUUUGGGUUUCGCUUUGACUACGACGACCCGAAACUGAAGAAGUUACUGGAAAGUCUGGUGGUUAUUUCCAAGAUGGGAAUUGAGAUAUGGGGAAAUAAGUUUCCCUUUCUCUACCACACUCCUUUUUUUUCGAAAAAGAGGGAAUGGGUCAACUUUCUCAGAGGUACUAUUACCCAAAUAAUUCAGGAUCACCAAAGCUCCUAUGACGAGAACGACCUCCGGGACAUCAUCGACAUGCACAUCGCCGACAUCAAAGAAAAAGAGCAGAAAGGAUCUGGGGUGGGCUUGGGGCCCGGCCUGACCGAUGUCCACGACGAGAUCGGGCUGGGUAUCCUGGACUUGUUUGCCGCUGGCACAGAAACGACUGCAAGUACCGUGCUCUGGCUGAUAUCCUUCGUGCUCAAGUACCCUGAAGUGCAAGACAAGAUCCAGCAAGAGAUAUAUGAAGUGGUGGGAAGUGACCGUCAGCCAUCUUGCGAAGACCGUCCCAGCAUGCCCUAUACCAACGCAGUCAUCAAUGAAGUACUACGCAUGCGUCCGGCGGGGGCCUUUGCUUUGCCUUAUGUGACGACACAAGAGUUUGAAUUGAGAGGAUACACUAUUCCCAAGGGAAUAGGUGUGACUAUAAAUCUGUGGGCGAUAAUGAACGACCCCAAGGUUUGGGAUCGACCAGAGGAGUUCAACCCCGGACGUUUCCUGAGCAAAGACGGCAAGACAAUGAUCCAGCAUGAAGCUUUCAUACCAUUUUCAACAGGUCGUCGGAGUUGUCUGGGUGAAGGGCUGGCCAAGACGGAAGUGUUCCUCUUCGCCACUAACCUCUUUCAGAGGUUCACAUUUAAGCUACCGCCGGGGGCGCCUCCACCAGCAUUGAAGGGGAUUUGUCGUUUCACCUUUGAUCCCGAUAUGUUAACAGUAUGUGCAGUUAAACGCUAGAUCUGAUAAAGGGCUUUAUACCCUUAGAGGUUGAAAUUCUCUAAAAUGACAGAAGUGGACCAUAAGAUCAGUCUGGAGUAUUGCCAUAUUACAACUAACAAAGCGCCAAUCCCAUUGUAAAGAAUUCCUGUCAUGUAAUGUUUCACCAUUGUUUAUGCUUGACCCCUCAAAAGAGAUAAAUAUAAAAAAUUAAAAAAAUCAAACAUUCCCGGCCUGACCUCCCCCCUAGGAAAAAUUCCUGCAUCCGUCCGUCGAUGUCCAGGAGAUGGAUGAAAAAAUCACACAGAAGGCUCUUAACAUUUAACGUAUUUUAACGAAAUAAAUAAACGUCAUCGAAAUUAGUACUACUGGCUCAAAGUUAAUAUUCCUCAUGUAAUAAGCAUCUCUGGUGGUUUUAUCUGUACAUAGUAUAAAGCUGAAGCAUUUCUGUUUAUCCAGUUCACGAACUUGUCGACUCUCGUGUCGACUCUUCUUUGCUACGUCAUAAGCGCCUUUUUUACGCCAACCUUGAUUAGCAAAAAUAUGGCUGAUAGUAAUUUAAUAUAAAGUGGAAAAAAUUUGAUGAGAUCAUUAAUAUGGUUUUAGUGUGAGCUGUGAGAUCUUCACUUGCACUUUUUGAGGAAACGAGAACCUGUCUUGCCCGUUUCCCGCCCUGGGGAUGUUGUUCACUUACUACGAACGCCUUGUAAUUCGAAGAUUUACCUAAGAUAAGAUCUUCGAUUUAAGCGCUGUUUUCCUCGUUUUUUUCACAAAGCAGUUGACUCAAACAUAAAACAAGUCAAUGGAAUGUAAGUUGGUUGCAGUAAUCAUUUCUACGCCGUAAUCAACCAAUCUUGUGAAAUAACGACAAAAACAAAUAGUGUCCACUACGUUUAAAAAUAAAACAUGAAAUGAAAGGACUUCGAUGCCCACCAUGAGCAGAAGUUCCCCCUUAUCGCUUGAAAUGAGCCAUGCUGGCGUUAAGCGUUCAUUUUGUUGAUAUAGUGACGUACACGCAACGCAUGUAUCUCAUAGGCCCCUGGGAACCAGCGAAGUGAAGUUGCUAUCAAAGGAGCGUCCGUUGCUGGAAAAAUCGAGCCCUCUCUUGGUCCAGCUCGGAGCCCAUUGCUAACAGAAUCGCUUUUCUUCUGCCUUAUCACCAAGUAUAUAAAUGAACUAUCCAGUAAAUAAAUUCUUAGUUUCAGUUUCCAGAUUUGCUUUCAAUAUUUGCUAAUUCAGUCGAAUUUAUUAACGUAUCUAGGGCAUAAUUCACUCAUGAAAUGGGAUGGGUUAAGCUAGUUUGCCGGCGGAUGUAACAAAUUGGUAUUCGAAACUUUCUUUGAGCAUAAAGGAGGUUUUAAGAUACUUCAUUCAAAAUAGUACAAAAGUUUUACCUAAUUAAUUAAUCUAAGGGAGGGGGCUCCCACACAAUGAAUGUUACCGUCACUCAGUUUGGAAACAGUAAGGCCUACAGCCGCCUGGGCGUGGUCGAGGAUUUUUCUCAAGUGACUGAGAAUUAUUUAAACUGUCGUUUCGAGACAAAAUCACCGUAUUGCACCGUUGCCGUGACUCUAGACCCUAAUACGUCACAUUAGCACAAGCAGCAAGUUGUAACCUUUGAUGCACCAUUGUUCUAUCACUUGGGCCGAUGUUAACUGAGCUUUGUGCUAGAGACACCU